GUCCCAGUUCCUGCUCUCUCUUGUUUGUUGUGCUGGGAGGGUCAGGUUUAACCUUCAGAGAGCGAGCGAGAGACACCUGUACCAGGCUCAGGUAGUUUUGUACACGAGGAACAGAAAAUGGCCCAGGACGACUGAUACAAAGAUACCCUCUGCGACUGGGAUAGAUCCAUCUCCGUAAGUUGGGGAGUCAUUCUGAUAUCGUUGGGUGGCUGCGUGACACCCCCUGUCAUCGAGGCAGAGACCGGUAGUCUGUGAUAAGACACUCAAUAAUUAAAUGGCGGAGACAUCUCACAGUUGGUGGAAACUCACCUUUCUGCGCAAGAAGAAAUCCACGCCGAGCGUGGUGUACGAAUCCGUGGCAGAGCAUGCAGGGAAUGACAAAGGAGCAGAGGGCAACGCGGCAGAGAGCAAUUACACGGCACGGCUGGAGAAAAUCGUGGACAAAACCACAAAGGGCAAACACGUGAAGGUGUCAAACUCAGGACGAUUUAAGGAGAGAAAGAAAGUUCGACCCUCUCUAAACGAUGCUCCUGGACUGUGCCCAGAGCCCCCCACCGGGCAAUAAAGAAGAGGGGAAUAUGGCAGUAAAUGCCUUGAACCAU